AUGACAAGAGCCUCUAUCCCAGAACAAGAUACCGCCGCACCGCAAUCCGACUCGGAAAGACCACGAAAGAGAGUGCGCAAAGGGACCCGGAGCUGUUGGGAGUGCAAGCGACGCAAGGUCCGGUGCGGAUUUGCAUCCGCCAGCGAUACCAUCUGCAGCCCGUGCCGUCGUCGGAAAACGGGGUGUGUCAGCCAGGAGUUUCCGGAUAUCCUGCAACCUGAACCCAUCCAAGAUGAGUCGUCUGUCCGAGAUGGACAUAUACAGGAGAGAUUAGACCGCAUGGAGGCUUUGAUACAGUCGCUUGUUGAGCGGGCCACAGGAGACGACAGGGUGUUUGGAUCUUUGCUUCGUUUCGAUACGCUCGCAAAAAGGAAUGUUGUUGCUGCUCCCAGAAUAACCCGGCCAAUUACACCAGCCACGCCCUUGACUCGGAUGUUGGAUACACAAUCCAAGUACGACGGCUUGACCCAAAAGCUGACGGCCGCUUGGCCAAGUCAACACACACUUGACCGCUUGUUCAACUCCCACUCGAAAUCCUCGGCAUCUCUCGCGCUACAAGCAUCCAGUCUGCCGUUUUCCAGCGCCUUAUCACUUCAAGACAUCCUCAAACCACCUCCGCCAGCAUCCCAUCCCGUCCUCGUGGCCCGCAAAUUACUACUCCUCGGAAUCUGUCUGCAGGGCUUCGACGUCUGUGGGACACACGUUUCCGAUAUUGUGCUAGAUUACCACACGAUUGUAUCCCGCGCAAUUGACGCAGCCAGCCUAGUCACCACCAACGACGAACUUACUGGCACCCGAGAGGGUAUCGAAUGCAUCAUGAUGGAAAGCCUUUGCCACGACGCAGCGGGCAAUCUCCGACGUGCUUGGAUAGCUAUUCGCCGGGCAGUAUCUAUGGCCCAGGCCCUUGGUCUACACCGCCCUUCGUUACCAACUCCCUCCAUUCCCAGCGCGGUCAACACCGAGCAGCUCUGGCUCCGACUAGUCCAAACCGACCGUUUCACCUCCCUCUUGCUCGGACUGCCCCCAGGACCUGCCACCGACAAUGACGUGUUUGCGGCGCCGGCUGUGUUGGAGUCUUGCUCGCCGUUGGAGAAGAUGCGUCGGCUGGAUUGUUUGGCUGCGGGGAAGAUUCUGGCGCGGGGUGGUUCGUUGGAGAGCAUAGGGGAUUGUGCGACGACGAGGCAGAUUGACGGGCUGUUGCAGCAGGCCGCGGCGUGUAUGCCACCGUCGUGGUGGGUUGUGCCUACGACGAUGGUUGAGCAGAAAGAGCCGCAGUCGGUUAUUGCGAGAGGGAUGGUUUUGAUGGAUCAGUUUGUGCAUUUUCACUUGGUUGCUCGGCUUCAUUUGCCGUAUCUUUUUCCGCAUCACAGCCACACCCACACCGGAAGCUCCCUAGCUACCAAUCCCAAACAUCACACUACUUCCAGCAAACACACCGCCCUAACCGCCACCCGCUCCAUGCUCACCCGCUACCUCGCCUUUCGCAACCUCCCUUCCAGCCUCUCCCCUGGCACGCAUUACUGCCACGGCAUGGACCUCUUUGCCUUCCUGGCCGCAUGCGCCCUCUGUAUCGAGCACAUCCAGGCG